UCAGUUCAAAGCGUCUUCCAUUCGACUUCCGGUAACAAGUCCAAACAAAAUCAGAACAAAAAAUCCUCAUUUUUAUGCAAUCGCUGAUCCCUUACAGAAUUUGAAAAUAUGCCACUGUUUCCAUUUGGUGACAAGUUUUCUCCAAAGAAGACACCUCCAAGAAGAGCUCAGUCACUGUCAAAUCUUCAUCUGGAUGCAGAGAAAUCUCGGGAAGAAUUUGGACCAGAUGUUGGUCCUGUCAAACUGAAACUUGGUGGUCAGGAAGUGGCAUUUGAGAAUGGAAUGUGGGUUCAAGAGACUGGUCCUAGUGCUGCUAGUCACAAGGAGGUGAUGAAACUACGGCGUGACAACCAAAAUCUUUCUGAGGAAAAUAAUCUACUCAAGCUAAAGAUAGACAUUUUGUUAGAUAUGUUAGCAGAAACCUCAGCCAUUUCACAUUACCAUGAAAAUGAACUGAAACAGUUGAAAGGUGGAAAGAGGAAAUAGUGUUCUUACAACUUCAGACAUUUUAGUUACUAGAAGCAAUCGUGAUACAUAAUUAGGUUGUAUUUUCAGUAUAUGAAGAGAAAGUACUGUCAGAACAAUGAAAGUGGAAUAAGUGUAAAGUAACGCCAUUGAAUUAAAGGUUAGGGACACAGAAAUACCAGUUAGCACUUUAAGAGUUCUAAAAUCUGUAAUCAUUGUUUAGAAAAGGUUUUGUUAAAUCUUAAAAACAUGUUGAGACAUCAUGGGACUAAUUUACAUGGAUUUUGUGGUUGUAUCAAUAUGAAAAAUCAAAUCCCAACAAACAGUUAAUUUCCAAAUAAAAUAUUUCAAUGAAAUCAAUUUAUGUACCCAUGAAAUAACUAUUUAUGAUUUUAUGCAAUUACUUUUACAUUCCUAAAUAGUUUGCUUAUGCUCAGUAUCUGAAGAAAAAACUUAUGAUUAGCAUGUGCUUCUGGGUAAUGUAAGAUUAAAGUAGGAGUUAGGUAUAUUUGAAGGAUUCAUCCGUCCAGGAACUUUUCUGUGGUUGUACAGUUUCAUAGAUCUGCAUCAUACUUAUUCGCAAAUAUUAUAACAGAUCUCUACAUUCAUGUGUAGGUUUAGUAAACAAGAUAUUAUGCCUUGUUUUCCUUGCUUAGUGUGGUUUAGAGGUAAAUUAGAUCCAAAUUUCAUAUUUACAAACAUGAACAAUUACUUUAUAUAGUUUAUGUAAACAUAAAAUUAACAAGGUUGUGUGUAUUAGCAGUACUAUGCAUUAGGUUUGAAAUAGUACACACUGAAUAUAUUUAUAGGUAAACACUACCACUAAAAACAACUGGAUUUUUAACAAUCAACUGUUACUGUAUGACAUUUAAUUGUGAAUGUGCAAACUUAAUUUAUAUAUUUACUUCAAAUGUAUAAAAUCCAAUUAAAUGUAUUUAACUUUACUGAUGACCAUCUUUCACUGAACACAUUUUAUCUUAAUGUGGCAGUCUUGAUUUUAAGGCUUUGGAUUAAGUAGGUUUUAAAGCUAAGUUAUCUCCCUUUGACCAUAAUUGUAGUUUGUGUCCAGUCAGGUGUAUUGACUUUAGGUCAGUAAUUAUAAAAUGUGUUCAGUGAAAGAUGGUCAUUGGAUAUCUUUAAUGUUAUACAAUACUUUUGGGACAAAGUAUGGAGAAUUAUGCUGUGUUUGAAAUUACAGUAAUACUAGACAUGCAUCAAACUUACAAACUUGGUAUAGUGACUCUCACUAGGAUAAAAUAAUUUUCAAAAAGAUGUGUAUAAUCUUUAAAGAAAAAAACAAGAUGAUUUUUAGCUCGACUAUUCGAAGAAUAGUCUAGCUAUUCUACUCACCCUGGCGUCGGCGUCGGCGUCACACCUUGGUUAAGUUUUUGCAUGCAAGUACAUUCAGCCAUCAAUUAAAGGCAUAUAGCUUUGAAACUUAUUUUUUCUUUUUCUAGGUCAAUUACCAACCUCUCUGGGUCAAGUCCCAUAACUCUGACAUGUAUUUUGAGCAAAUUAUGCCCCCUUUUGGACUUAGAAAAUUUUGGUUAAAUUUAUACAUGCAAGUUACUAUCUCCAAAACUAAUGCAGAUAUUGAUUUGAAACUUCACAUGUGUCUUCGGGGUUAUAAAACUAGUUGAUAGCAGCAAGUCCCAUAACUCUGACUUUCAUUUUGGCCAAAUUAUGCCCCCUUUUGGACUUAGAAAAUUCUGGUUAAAGUUUCGCAUGCAAGUACAUACAGCUAUUUCUAAAAGGCAUAUAGAUUUGAAACUUACUUUUUCUUUUUCUAGAUCAAUUACCAACCUCACUGGGUCAAGACCCAUAACUCUGACAUGUUUUUUGAGCAAAUUAUGCCCCCUUUUAGACUUAGAAAAUUUUAGUUAAAGUUUUACAUGCAAGUUAUUAUUUCCAAAACUAAUGCAGAUAUUGAUUUGAAACUUCACAUGUGUCUUCGGGGUUAUAAAACUAGUUGAUAGCAGCAAGUCCCAUAACUCUGACCUUCAUUUUGGCCAAAUUAUGCCCCCUUUUGGACUUAGCAAAUUCUGGUUAAAGUUUCGCAUGCAAGUACAUACAGCUAUUUCUAAAAGGCAUAUAGAUUUGAAACUUACUUUUUCUUUUUCUAGAUCAAUUACCAACCUCACUGGGUCAAGACCCAUAACUCUGACAUGUUUUUUGAGCAAAUUAUGCCCCCUUUUAGACUUAGAAAAUUUUAGUUAAAGUUUUACAUGCAAGUUAUUAUUUCCAAAACUAAUGCAGAUAUUGAUUUGAAACUUCACAUGUGUCUUCGGGGUUAUAAAACUAGUUGAUAGCAGCAAGUCCCAUAACUCUGACCUUCAUUUUGGCCAAAUUAUGCCCCCUUUUGGACUUAGCAAAUUCUGGUUAAAGUUUUGCGUGCAAGUACAUACAGCUAUUUCUAAAAGGCAUAUAGAUUUGAAACUUAUUUUUUCUUUUUCUAGAUCAAUUACUAACCUCACUGGAUCAAGUCCCAUAACUCUGGCAUGUAUUUUGGGCAAAUAAUCCCCCUUUUGGACUUCGAAAACUCUGGUUAAAGUUUUACAUGCAAGUUUCUAUCUCCAAAACUAAUGCAUAUAUUGAAUUAAAACUUCACAUGUGCCUUCGGGGUUAUAAAACUAGUUGAUAGCAGCAAGUCCCAUAACUGAUAUGCAUUUUGGUCAAAUUAUUCCCCCAUUUUGAACUUAAAACUCUUUUGAUAUUUAACCUUUUUGGGUAAUAUUUUCCUGCUUCUGGGACAAUAUUUCGAAUAGUCGAGCUUGGCUGUCUUACGGACAGCUCUUGUUUUUAAGACAGAUUAUUAAUACCAUUGUUGAAGUCUGUAUUUGUCAUUUUAUGACAUUAUAUUAUCAUAUCUUUAUUGUUAAUUUAAGUCAGUAUCUGUUAGACUGAGCUGCUCUGUGUAUCAUUGGUGCUCAGAGGUUCAUCUUUUGCUCUACAUUGCCUGUAUUAUUAACAGCCUCUUUGAAAGCAAGGUAAUAAAGAACUAUUUUUUGCCAUUAAUAAUAGAUUUUUCAAAGAAUGGACAUUUUAAAAUUUAUUUUCUGGUAUCCAUUGUGAAAUGAAAUCUCCAGUUUUUUCUCAGAUUUGAUUGACAUAUAAAUUUUUUUAUCAUAAAACAAUGCCUAGAAUUGAUUUAUUGUUGUGUAUUAUUAAAAGAGGCAGCAUAACAGUCUAAUGAUUUAUUGUUAAAGGGUUAUUAUUGUGUAGUUUUAUCGCAGAAUAAAACACACUUCACUAAGUCAUAAAGAAUUUUUUUAUCCAGUUGGCAUUAGGUGAUUAAUUUACUUAUAAAAUCAAGAGAUUUUUGCAGGGUUAGAACAUGACUGUACACUUAUUUUCAUUUGUAAAUAUUCUUUGUUUAGUCUUAAAUAUACUAGUGAUGUAAAGUGGUAUUUUUAUGUACAAGUUGUAAAUAGUAUUUGUAUUUAUUUAAUUACUAAUGUAUAGUGUAACAGUGACAAAUAUUUAUGACAAAGAAAUAAAAUAUUUUCACAAAA